UACUUUCUCACCAGUGGCAAAGCUGAAUUUAGUUAAAAUGAUGCUUGCUGUUGCAUCUAUUCAGAAUUGGCAUUUGCAUCAAAUGGAUGUCAAUAAUGCCUUUUUAAAUGGUGAUUUGGAAGAAGAUGUGUAUACGGAGUUGCCACAGGGUUUGAGGGAACAAGAUCAAUUCAAGGGGAAGGUUUGCAAACUAAAGAAGUCACUCUAUGGAUUAAAGCAGGCUAGCAGAAUGUGGUAUGUCAAAUUAACUGAGUCUUUACUUGCAAACGGAUUCACGCAGUCAAAGGCAGAUUACUCUAUUUUUCUUACUGAGACCAAAGGUAAUCUGGUUGUUGUGAUAAUGUAUGUUGAUGAUAUUGUGGUGGGAAGCAUUAAUCUGGAUGCAGUUGUUUCAGUGAAGCAAAUGUUGAAGUCACUGUUUAAAAUGAAGGACUUAGGCCCUUUGCAAUAUUUUCUUGGUCUUGAAAUUAAUAGAAUUGAUGUUGGGAUUCAUGUUUUGCAAAGGAAGUAUUGCUUGGAGCUCCUGAAAGAAGAAGGUUUCGAUGAGUGCAAGCCUGCCAAGACACCUUCCAGUGUCAAGCAAGUGCUUUCAGCAAACCAAGGAGAUCCUUAUCAGGAUAUUGGUCACUUCAAACAUCUGUUAGGACAGCUCCAAUACCUCAACAGCACACGACCAGACAUUACAUUCGCGGUGCAGCAACUGUGUCAGUUUCAGGACUCUCCUACCACAAUGCAUUAUAAAGCAUUCAAGAGAGUGUUUAGGUACCUUAAAGGGUCACCAAGUUAGGGCAUUCUUUACCCUAAGAAUUCAGCAAUGCAGUUAACGGCAUACCGUGAUUCGGAUUGGCCGACAUGUCCAGAUACUAGAAGAUCAUUGACUGGAUUCUGUGUUUUUCUGGGAACAGGUUUGUUGAGUUGGAAGGCUAAGAAACAAAGCACAGUGUCGAGGUCUUCGUCUGAAGCAGAAUACAGGACAUUGGCUUUG